AAAUUCAGAAUCAUUGUGUGAGCAUGGUAUAGUAUGUUGCCUAGGAAACUAAAAGACGUACCAUGAGAUCUGGCAAAUAAUGGACAAGUCAGACGUCACUAAACUUGCUGAAGAAAAUACUCUCCGCGAUGAUGGCAUAAAAGAAUACCUUGAGCCUAGAUUUGAGUGUCCUAUUUGUUUAACUUGGUUACAUGAUCCAGUUUUAACAUCUUGUGGUCAUAAGUUCUGUUCGCAAUGUAUAUACACUUGGCUUGAGAAGGAAGGUGCUUGUUGUCCAGUUGAUAGCAAGCCUUUAAAAUCGGAAAGCGAUUUGUUCAGAGACUUGUAUACAAGUAGAGAAAUAUCGCAGCAGGUAACACCUUGUCCUUAUCAACAACUUGGCUGCGAAGUUAAACUAUCGCCAGUGGACAUGGAAGCACAUAUAAAUCAGUGCGCGUAUAAAAGAGACCUUCCAGAAUCGCAAAAUGUACAUUGCCUAUUUAAAAGUGUCGGUUGCUUGGAGAUAUUUCAAACCGAUGAAAACUUGCAAACACAUUUAGAUAAAAAUACAAAUAUGCAUUUAACAUUGAUUUUGAAAGCAUUGCCACAGCUAUGUCAAAGUAAUGCCAGUGCGAUAGCUGCAGAAUCAAAAUUGUGGGAUGCCCCGCCAAAGAAUACAACUUCUUCGGAAAAGAACGAACCAUCGUUGGAAUGGCAGCAAUUGUUGAAAAAUUUGUAUGAAAGAAUAGUGGUGCUAGAACAGCAGAUCAAAGAGUUGUCUAUCACCGUUUCCAAUCAAAAGACAAAACUCACUACUUUGCAAACUUCGUUACGAUUUAAUCAGGAAGAAAUGUUUUUACGUAAUUGCAAUGGUAUCUAUAUCUGGAAACUCAACGAUUUCGAAGAGAAGCUUGUAAACAUGACAAACGAUCCAUUAAAGAUGUUUUAUAGCCCUGGUUUCUACACUAAUCUGAACGGUUACAAGAUGUGUGCUAGGAUCAAUGUAUCUUCUAAGGAUCCUCAAUUUUUAUCACUGCUACUGCAUAUAAUGAAAUCGGAAAAUGACGACGGUCUAGAUUGGCCAUUCAACGGAACGAUGUAUUUCGUUCUGGUACAUCCGUACAAUCGAGAAAAAGAUAUACGAGAAAUAACUUCGUCGAGGCCCGAUCUCGAAGCGUUUAGGAAACCAGUAUGCGAAUUAAACAAACGUAGCUUUGGAUAUACAGAAUUUGUGCGAAUACGAGAUUUACCUGACUUUUUACAGAACGAUUGCUUGACUUUCAGAGUCGAAGUACGAGUUUACGAUAAUUUUAAAUACCAAAUUAAUUGAAAAAAAUAUAUAUAGGUCCCAUUUAUUUUAAAAUCAACAGUGCAUUGCAACUUUUAAACUCAUGUUCAGGUUUUAUUAACACAUUGUACGCCGGCCCCGCGAAAACGCGGGAUUCGAAGUCUAUCGCUUGAACGCCGGCCCCGCGAUAACGCGGGUUCCGAAGAUUAUCGCUUCAGUGCUGAGUCUGGGAUAAUGCAGCAUUCUUUUGUUUGGCGAUUUCUUUGCUCUCGUCAUAACUACGUUGUCUUGAGCAUCGUAUACUGUAGCCAGUCAUAGCCAUCUUUUAUAGCUUUACGCUUUUAGUUGCACAGCAUAAUAAGCCUCCUUAUUCUGUGCAUUUUUACCGCUAUAAUAUGAGCUUAUUGCGGAAUCUGGUCCAAAGAUUCUUCCUGCUAAUAAGCAAAGCAUAAAAGAAAUCGUCGAAAUGUUUAUUGGCAAUGAUUUAUUUCAAUUGAUGGUAAAUGAAUCAAACAUCUAAUAUCAUCAGAAUGAAGACAAGAUGUGUAAUGGUAAAAAAAUGCCUAAGUGGAGAGAUGUUUCUCUAGCCGACGUGAAGAAAUUUCUUGGUUUGAUUAUAUUGAUGGGCCAAGUAAAGAAAGAUCGAAAAGACGAUUAUUGGUCCUCAGAGUUUUAUACCAAAACACCAUCGUUCUCCACGGUAAUGUUGCGUAACAGAUUUCGCCAAAUUUGGGACACAUGGCAUUUUUCAAAUAAUCGUACAACAGCUGGUUUGUGCCGGCGCUCAGACUUUAAAUAUCUUAGAUACCAGCGUACAAUGUGCUAAAAAUAUUUUUGCAUUUACGAACUGCAUUUUUUGUAGGGACUUAGGUACUUAAUUGAA